AUGUCCGCGGCAGCUGGCACUGUUCGAGCAGCACCGACCUUUCUCACUCGUUCUUUGAUAUUCACUCCUUCACAUAUAAACCAACGUGCGGGCAAAUCCUCUCGUCACAAUCCAGCCCUUGCUUACCGUGUCUUUCUAGACCUCCACCGAAAUAUCCGACGAAGCCUCGAUCCUUACAGAUUCAACGCCAGGAGUCUGUACUCAUCGCCGCGCCGUGCAGCCGCCGUCUCUGCCCCGACUAAUGGCAUGUCCAACUCCGCAAUCCCUCACAUUUCACUACACAUCGCGGCGUCUUCGAGCGGGAAAGGCCGCAAAUACCGCCCGGAACUGAGCACCUACGAGUACGUCCCGAGUGACGACGACGCACUAGGCCUUCAACGUGGCUCAACGCUCGAAGAGAAGAGAAUCCGGCGCCCAGACAGCGGACAAGACGCAUACUUUGUUGCCUGUGUUGGAAAGGACCCGAACACGAUCGCUUUCGCAAUAGCGGAUGGCGUGGGUGGAUGGUCCGAGCAUGGAAUCGACCCCGCUGACUUCUCCCAUGGCUUAUGCAGCUACAUGGCAGAGACCACGCUCUCUUGGUCAUCCGAAGAGCGGCUUGGUCCCAAACAACUCCUCGAGAUAGGGUAUGACAAAACCAUUAGCGAUCCUACAAUCCACGCAGGAGGAACAACCGCCUGUGUUGCAGUGACAGAAGGAGACGGUCGCAUGCGGAUCGCAAAUCUAGGCGACUCAGGUUUCCUACAGCUGCGAUUGGGAGCCGUGCAGCAUUAUUCCAACCCGCAGACACAUGCUUUCAAUACGCCCUACCAGAUGAGCCUCACUCCGCCCGAUAUUCUUGCCCAGGCCAUGAUCUUCGGUGGCUUGCCUCUAAACGACAAACCUGACCGUGCCGAUCUAGCAGACCAUAUGCUUCGGCACGGUGACGUCCUUGUCCUGGCGACCGACGGUGUCUGGGACAACCUCAACUCCCAAGACAUAUUGUCCGUCGUGUCUCUGCACAUGCGCACUACUGGCGCGUGGUGGAGGUCCGAGGACCAAGGGUAUAUCGUUUCGCCCGUCCUCUCGGAGCUCGUGGACAAGAACUUGGGACCUCACAAACAUGGGCUUCGGAUCUCGGAUACGGUCGACAGUCCUGCCCAACAACUGCCUCUCGCGACAGGCACCUUACAGAGCGUGUUAGCGGCGGCAAUUGUCGGCGAAGCGAAGAGCGCCAGCCUCAGCACAAAGCGAGAUGGCCCAUUUGCCAAGGAGAUGCAGAAGCAGUUCCCCUACGACCCUUGGCAUGGCGGCAAGGUGGACGACAUCGCCGUCCUGGUGGUCGUAGCCGUGGAUGAGAACAAGGCCAAAGAGGACACACAAAAGCUGAAGGCGAAGCUAUGA